AUGAAGCUAUUUACUGCUGCCAAGAGCCCCAAGCGCAGCUGGACAGAACACUAUUUGUAUUUGGUCGCAGUAAGCGAGGCAUGCGGUGGAGCAGACAACUUGGUCCAAGACAACAUAGUCCACUACGCUGAUCCGGCAAUGAGAGUUUCAAUGCUGGCGCGUUUGAAUCUAACAAGAAUUGAUUACUUGCGCCAAGCGGAGGAGCUGGCUCACUUCGCGCAGUCGACGGAGAUCGAGCUGCGCGGAAAGCACAUUGGAAAGGACGUCGUCAACAACGUUCGACAUGUGCGCGAAAAGACACGAAACGGGCGUAAGGACAAUCGCAAGUGCUACAGCUGUGGGAAAUCUGGACACAUAAAAGCUGCGUGCCCGGGGAACAAGGUCUCAAGAGAAGCAAGCGUCGACGUGGACUUUGUGCUCGCAGUGGGCAACCCGAGCGCUAACCACGGCUAUUGGAUACUGGACAGUGGCUCGAGUCGUCACCUGGUGAACGAUGUGAGCAUGCUCGAGAACCCAGAGGACUGCCAAAGCGAGUGUAUCGCAGCUGACGGAGGGCCCUUGCGCAUAACGAAGCGAGGAAGCGUCACAAUCACGACCACUGUAAUGGGCAAGGUCACUAAAGUGCGACUCCUGGACGUGCAAUAUGCCGAGAACCUCGAAAGGAACAUUAUAUCCUACGGCAUAUUGGAGGCUAAAGGGUUUGGGAUAGCCUACAGGGUGAUCGCAGGGUCGUCGGCAACAUUGACAGUGGGGUGGUUGUCUUUGACGUGGAGAAGAAGAACAACGUGCUAA